AGUAGAGACCAAAAGAAAAAGGCCAUUUCCAUAAUCAUCAGGCUUCUAAAGUGCUGAUAUUGUCGUUUUUUCAACCUCGCCAUUUCACACGACGCAAUCUAUUUGCUGUCAAUCUGCACACAUCGCCAUGGCCAAGAUCGCUAGCGCCGAUAGCGUCUCAACCGCCACUGUACCAGCACUGGCACCGCCUACGCCACUACUCAUGGGCAGCGAAUCCGAGACAGAAACACGUCCAACAUCUGCAUCGAAGCGUGACGACGACGAGCUUUCCGACGCUACUGACGAGGAAAUCAAGAACCUGAGACAUGUUGUUGACAAGUUGCCGCGCAAAGUCUGGGUUGCUCUCAUUGCAAGCGGCGCCGAGCGAUUCACAUACUAUGUCAUUUCGACGCCAUGGCAAAACUACAUGCAAAAUCCCCUCGAUAACAGCGGUGUCCCGGGUGCCCUUGGCCUGGGUCAGUCUCGCGCAACAGCCAUCUACAAUGCCUACUACCUUUUUUCGUUCUUGACUCCUAUCCCCUUUGCUCUGGCGUCCGAUGCGUGGCUGGGCCGCUACAAGGUGCUCUGUAUCAGUUUGAGUUUGUACUUUUGCGGUGGUCUCGUACAGUUUGUCACCUCCCUGCCCUCCGUCUUCAACCAGACAUCCGGUGUAGCUGGACUUGCCAUUGCCAUGGUCUUGAUUGGUCUUGGCGUUGGAGGCACCAAAGCGACAUUUACUCCGUUUAUUGGCGAUCAAUAUCCCAUGCGACCACCCCAAGUCAAGGUCCUGCCUUCUGGAGAACGAGUCAUUAUCGACCGCACAUUGACCUUACAGUACAUUUACAACGUUUACUACUGGAUCACCAACAUUGCAGCCCUUUCCAUCCUGGCGUCAACGUAUCUAGAAAAGGAACGCGGCUUCUGGACAGCCAACCUCGUAGCACUGGGCUCCUCCUGGAUUGGCCUCGCUCUGCUUCUAGUGUUUAGCAAGGAACUUGAAAAACUUCCAGUUGACGGCAGUGUUGUCCUCACAGCUGGUAAAGUCUUGUGGUGCGCCAUACGCGACAAGUUCAAGCUCAGCGCAGCCAGCCCUCAGUACCAGUUGGAAAAGUACAACCGUGUUGUGCCAUGGACAGACCAUUUUAUCUCUGAAAUCAAAAACGGCCUUCGCGCGUGUCAAGUCAUGACAUGGUUCGUCCUCUUCCAGCUGGGCAUGAACCAAAUGACAAACAACCUCGUCUCGCAAGCCGGCCAGAUGCAGCUCUCAGGCUUUCCCAACGAUGGCAUUCAGGUGCUCAACCCAAUUGCAUGCGUCAUCCUUGGACCCUUCAUCCAAAAGCUCUUAUAUCCGGGGCUCGCGAGGUUGCGUAUCCCGUUUGGCCCCAUCAUGCGCAUGACGCUCGCAUUUGUCACCAUGUCUGCGACUCUGGCGUACGCUGCUGGCGUACAAAAGAUGAUUUACAACUCUGGCCCCUGCUACGACGCUCCCCUUACUUGUGCCGCCGCACAGCGCCCUGGACAGACCCCGCUGCCCAACUCCAUUAGUGUAUGGGCGCAGACUCCGGUGUACAUCAUCUUGGCCUUUUCCGAAAUCUUUGGCUUUGUUACUCUCAGCGAGUACAGCUACAGCAAGGCGCCCAAGGACAUGCGUACCGUGGUCCAGUCCAUCCGUCUGGUGAGCGCCGGUAUUGGUAGUGCCCUAGGUAUUGCUCUGGGACCCGUCUCCGAGAAUCCAAAAGUCCUGUGGAUGUACGUCGGUAUGGCUGUCAGCCUGGCUGUGGCCGCCGCCCUCUUCUGGUUUGUCGUUGGUCAUUACGACAAGGAGGAUGAGAAAGAAAAGACGAAGCGCCUCGAGGAGGAGCAGAUGGCGCAAGAAAAGCCGGUCCCCAAGGCGUCGGACAGCGCCGCUUAAGCAAGUGAAUCUUUGGAUAGAACAGCAUAUAGAUAAUUCAGUAUAGAAAAUAGAUCCUUAUUAAACUUC